AUGGCCCUCUCUAACAAUGCUCAUACUCCAACAACGCUUCAAGCCGUAAAGAUUCCCUGUUGCUUAUGCGGCACCAUGAUUUUGCCGAACAACGCCAAUCAAUGUGGAACGUGUUUGGCGCAAGACUUUGAUUUGAAAUCGGAAUUGGAACGAGGACCUUCUGGUGCGCUUCAUCCCACGAUUUAUCAAUGUCGCAAGUGUCGUCGCUAUCAAAAGACGCCUACUUACUACGAGGCCUGUGAACCAGAAUCACCGGAACUCUUGGCCAUUUGUCUGAAACACAUUCCUGCUUUGCACGGCAGCAACUCCAGCAAGUACAAAGUUAAGGAAGCUUCCUGGAUUUGGACGGAGCCUCAUUCCAUGCGCUUCAAGGUUAAAUUGACGGUCCAAGCAUUGGUCCAAAAUGUAUUAGUCCAGCAACGGGUCGCCGUCGAACUUCAUUGUGGAUGGCAACAAUGUCCCGAUUGCAAUCGUGAAUUCACCAAUCGUACUUGGACGGCUCAAGUGCAAUUGCGACAACGUCGUCAAGAUCAUGGACACAAGGGACUCAUGACAUUGGAACAAGCCUUGAGAAACAAUGCUAGCAUUCGCAAACACGUUCUGAGCAUUGAUGCAAGCCGAGAAGGUUUGGAUUUUUAUUUUUUGAAUUUGCCUCAGGCCCAAAUGUUUUCCAAUUAUUUGCGCAAGAUUGCUCCCAUGAAAGUGAGCAGUAGCCUCAAAUUGGUCUCUACGGAUUCGCACUCCAACACGGCCCAUCGCAAACACACGAUUACCUGUGAAUUGGUCCCAUUGUGCGUCCAAGAUUUGGUGGUCAUUUCCAAAAGUUGCAAAAACAACAAAUUGGCCGGACGAUUGGCACUCAUAUUAAAAGUCAAGAGUGUGGUCCAUGCCAUUUCCGCCUCGCCAGUACGACAAAAUUUAGAACAAAGCAUGGUGGAAGUGUCCCCCGAUGCCUAUUACAAGUACGAAAAGUCGUAUCGAGUCUUGCAAGCCAGUAAUCGAUUGACUAGGUUCACGGUCAUGGAUGUGGAACUCUGUGACGAAGAAUAUGGUGGUGGUGGUGGCGGCGGUGACGAACAGCAACAGCAGCAGCAACAGCAACAACAACACCAGCUGUACAAGGGUCCCAAUAGUGGCAUUGAAAAGUAUGCACUGGCCGACGUCCAAGUCGUUCGUGAAUCGGAAUAUGGCGACAUGAAUGCCGAAGUCUUGUGUUGCGUCACCCAUUUGGGUCAUUUGCUCCAACCUGGUGAUGUCGUCUUGGGAUACGAUUUGGCCACCUUUGUGGGAGAUGGUGAUUGGGAUGCGGAAUUGAACAACAGCUUUGUCGUUCCCGAUGUGGUGUUGGUCAAGAAGGUGACACCCAAAAAGGGUGAAUUGGAUGCCAUUGCAACUGGCACUACUAGUGGCAGUGUUAGCAACAAGGAGACUUUGGAACCCAAACAUAAAUUGUCCAAAAAGAAGCAACGUCGUCGUCGUCGCAAGGAAAAUCGCAAAAUGAAGGAAUUGGAAGAACGGGUCGAACGCAUGGGAUUCUUGGACGAUGAAAAUGUGGGCGGCGAAGAAAAUGGAGACGAAGAAGAAGAAGAAUUUGAUCAAGACUUGGAAGAAGAUCCCGAAAUGGCAGCUGAAUUGCAAGCUCUGGAACAAGACUUUGCCAAUCUGGAAGCGCAGCAAGGGCAAGGAGGAGAUGAUAAUGGUAAUGAUGGAAAUGGUAAUGGUAAUGAUGAUGGUAAAGGCGUACAAGCACAGCAUGAGGUGGUGGAAGAGGCUAGAUGA